AUGGAGAUGGAGUACGUGAGUGAAUUUCCACACAAUUACGUGGAUCGUCAUCCAAUAAAGAGGCCCAAAUUAGCGGAUCGGGAUUCCCCUCCUCAACUUCAACGGCGGACUCACACUAAGGCUCGGUUAGGAUUGUAUUAUAGGCAAGUGGUUGCAAAUGGGACAAGCAUUAGACCAUCGAGGGUGCUCCCCAACCAUGCCGAUCAUUUUGUGAAGGGAUUAGCUUAA